AUGCGGCAGCAGCUGUCCCAUCCCAACAUCACCAGCCGAGCCCAAGAAGCAACCGAGCUCCUGCCAGAAGAUUUGCUGCAGAUCGAGCAGAGGAUCGAGCCAGCCAAGCGAGCAGCUCACAGCGUGUCCAAGAGGCUCCAAGCCUGCCUACAGGGACAAUGCGGCUCUGAAAUGGACAAGCGAGUGAAGAAGCUGCCCUUGAUGGCUCUGUCCACGACGAUGGCUGAGAGCUUCAAGGAACUGGACACAGAGUCGAGCCUUGGGAAAGCCCUGGAGAUGGGCUGCUGCAUACAGAGCUCGUUGGCCAAAAUCCUGGCUGAGUUCGAGAUUGCCUUGGAGCAUGACGUCCUGCAGCCGCUCAACAAGCUCAGCGAGGAGGAGCUUCCCAUCAUCCUGAAGCGCAAGAAGACCCUCCAGAAGUUGAUUUCUGACUGGAACACAAUCAAGAGCCGGUUGAACCAGGCUGCCAAGAGCUCCAGUAACAGUGUUGGCACUGGCGCUGUCCCAGGGGCAUCUUCUGCUGCCAACAAACUGGAGAUCUUGAAGGAAGAGGAGGAGGAGGUGAAGAGGAAGGUGGAGCAGUGCAAGGAUGAGUACAUGGCUGACCUCUACCACUUCUCAACCAAAGAGGACAGCUAUGCCAGCUACUUCAUCAGACUGCUGGAAAUCCAAGCCCAGUACCACCGGCAGUCCCUGGGAUCUCUGGACUCGGCUCUGGCGGAGCUGAAGGAAAGCCACAGCCAGAGAGAGCCCUCCCUUGCUGCAGACAGCCGGGUGGCAGGGUACUAUGGCGUACCCCUAGAGAUGCACCUCAGGAGCUUAGGCCGGGAGAUAGCGCUGCCCAUCGAAGCCUGCGUCAUGAUGCUGCUGGCCUCUGGCAUGAGGGAGGAGGGACUCUUCCGGCUGGCAGCAGGCGCCUCGGUGCUGAGGAAGCUGAAGAGCAGCUUGGCCAGCGGCUCCAAUGCCCUGGAGGAGUUUUACUCAGACCCCCACGCCGUGGCCGGUGCACUGAAAUCCUACCUGCGGGAGCUGCCCCAGCCUUUGAUGACCUUCGAGCUCUACAACGAAUGGGUCAAAGUGGGCAGCUUAAAGGACGUUGACAGCCGGGUACAGAGCCUGCAAGACACCUGCAGCCGCCUGCCCCGGGAGAGCUACAACAAUCUGAGAUAUCUGAUCAAGUUUUUAGCCAAGCUGGCCGAACACCAGGAGGUGAAUAAAAUGACCCCCAGCAACAUCGCCAUUGUGCUGGGCCCCAACCUGCUGUGGUCGCAGCAGAGCACAGGAGACCAGGUGCAGCUGGACUUGGCCUCAGUCUCCUCCAUCCAGGUGGUAGGCGUGGUGGAAGCCCUCAUCCAGAAUGCAGACACCCUCUUCCCUGGAGAGGUAGAUUUCAACGUCUCAGGCAUGUUCACACCACCUGCGAACAGUGGACUUCAUGAAGCCACACCGGUGGAAGAGCUGUCCCCUGAGCCCCCUCUGGCCAGCACCCCCACUCUUCCAGAUGGAGAGGUCACCUUGAGGGACCCCGAGGCCAGGUCCCAGCUGGCAUCCCCAGCAGUGACCAGACCAUCUCCCGAAGCCACAGGGCCACCAGCUCCGCAGACAACCAAUGACACCACCCACAAAG